AUGUUUGUUCCAUCACUGCUGGCUGUGUUCCUGUAGCAUAGUUCAACCUCUAACCGCUACUAGUUUUCUAUACUCUUCUGCUGAGCCUUUUAUAUCUCUCCAGUUCUCUCCUCAGUCCUCCGAAACCUUCUCUCUCUCUCUUCUCUCUGUCUCUCUCUCUAGCAAACAUGGUGCAGCAACAGCAGCAGCAGCACAGAAUCUACAUCUUGCAGUUCAGGAAGGGCGAGCCGGAGCAGGAGGUGUCAUGCAAGGUGUCGCAACCCAAGGGCGCCGGUCGCCGGGUCACGUACUACUACCACGACUACGGCGGCGGUGGCAAGAACGGAAAGCCGGUGCACUUCAGGGCGCUCAACCUGCGGCGCUUCUUGGCCAUGCUCUUGCUCUCCUUCCUCUGCGUCGGCACGCUGUUCGUGGCUCCCGUGUCCUUCCUCUCCUUCGUGCACAGCGACGACGGCGGGGCGGAGGCGGCGGCGGCCACGGCCGCGCGGGGUGGGGGCGCGUCUGGGCCGUGCUCGGACGUGGGCAACGAUAGCCUCUGCUGCGACCGCACGUCCGAGCGCGCGGACAUCUGCUUUGCGAAGGGGGACUUGCGCAUGCACUCGGCGAGCGCGUCGUUCCAGCUCGUGUCCGGCAACUCAACGGUGGAGGAGGAGAAGAUACGGCCGUACACGCGCAAGUGGGAGGCCAACGUCAUGGCGACCAUCGACGAGGUGCGCCUCCGCCGCGUGUCCCCCGGCGACGCCGCGCGAUGCGAUGUGCGGCACGACGUGCCGGCCGUGCUGUUCUCCACCGGCGGGUACACGGGCAACGUGUACCACGAGUUCAACGACGGCAUCCUGCCGCUGUUCGUCACGGCUCAACACCUCCGGCGCCGCGUGGUGUUUGUGAUCCUUGAGUACCACGACUGGUGGAUCACCAAGUACGGCGACGUCGUGUCCCAACUAUCGGCGUUCCCGCCGAUCGACUUCACCGCUGACCGCCGCGUCCACUGCUUCCCCGAGGUAAUCUCCGGCCUCCGCAUCCACGGCGAGCUGACCGUGGACCCCGCGAAGACGCCCGAAGGCAAGAGCAUCGGUGACUUCCGCAGGCUCCUCGACGACGCCUACCGCGGCCGCGUCCAGUUCCUCGAGCGCCUAGAACGCCGCGCCGCUCGCAAGCGCCACCGCCGCGCCACCGUCCCCCGCGCGCAGCACGCGCCCCCGAGGCACGCCUCUCAUCAGGACAGGCCGAGGCUGGUGAUCGUGUCGCGGACCGGCUCCCGCGUGAUCGAGAACGAGGCGGACGUGGCCGCGCUGGCCGCGGACGUGGGCUUCGACGUGCACGUGAUCCGCCCCGACCGCACCACCGAGAUGUGCAAGAUAUACAGGGAGCUCAACUCCAGCGACGCCAUGGUGGGCGUGCACGGCGCGGCCAUGACGCACUUCCUCUUCAUGCGCCCCGGCAAGGUGUUCAUCCAGGUGGUGCCCCUCGGCACAGACUGGGCCGCCGGCGCCUACUACGGCGAGCCCGCGGCGCGGCUCGGCCUACGGUACGUCGGCUACAAGAUCCUCCCCGAGGAGAGCUCGCUGUCCCGCGAGUACCCGACUGGCGACCCCGUGCUCACCGACCCCGCCGGCGUCGCGCAGCGCGGCUGGGACGUGACCAAGAAGGUGUACCUGGACCGGCAGAACGUCCGUCUCGACCUGGCGCGCUUCCGGGAGGAGCUCGUGAGAACUCACCAGUACUUGGUCGCCGGCAGCAGGAGGCUGCCAAGAGCAAGCGUGUGAUCAAUCAAACAGUCAAUUUGACCUGGUUUAAUUAACAAAAAAAAACUCAGCUUCGCAUGCUAUAGUUUUACACCCUUUUUUUACACCUUUUUUUGGUUAUAUACUGACUUCACCUGACAAUUCUUUGCAUUUGUUUGUGUGCUCCUGUACUUGUGAUCGAUCCAUGGUUUACAGUCUGAACUUGCUGUGUAUACAUACUCAAUAAAGAAUCAAUUACAGUGAA